UGAGCUCCUGUCUUAUGACAUGAAGGCACUGGAGAUAUCUGCUCUUGUUCGUUGUAAGAGAGAUCAUAGAUUAGCUGCUAGUAAUGAUGAGCCUCAUCCAAUUACUAUCUGUCAUACUGAAGAUCCACCAGUAGUUGGUUGCAGUCUUGAAAAUGAUCUUGAGCCAGUUGCAAUAGACAACGAGAGACAAAACUGUUGGCUAACUGAUCCAGUUGUUGCAUCACUUGUUCCUAUUCACAACUUUUUACCAGAAGGUUCUGUAUUAAGUGAGUCUCAUGCUCCUGUCAUACUAAAAGCCAUCAAUAGCAUAGUCAAUGAAUGGGAGACUCUAGGACUAUAUCUUGGAAUUAAAAAUAAAGAUUUAAAAACAAUUUAUUUUAAUUCUCUACAUCAAAUAGAUAUAUGCCGUAAAGACAUGAUAGUUCACUGGUUAAAGACUGGUACUGCUACAAGGGAAAAGCUGAUAAAAGCACUUGAGGAUUUGGAAAGAAAUGAUGUUGCUGCUGAAGUUAAGCGUCUACCUAAACAAUAACAACUAAUAAUGAUUGUUAUUAUUAUUAUUAUUACAAAU